CGCUCAGAGUUUGAUGUGGCCAAUGACUGUUUGACCACGUUCUUAUAUAUACGUCUCGCUGUAGCGUAUAGUGUGGCUACAUUAGGAACGCCUCGUGGUGACGUGUAAGAAUUUGAUCGCAUUUGGGAUCAACGCGGGCGUAUGCGCAUCUUGAUCAGUGGAAGGAAACCAAGAAGUUUCGAGUGUGUUUCAAGCAUGUAGAUUACAUGGGAGAAAACGUGUACGGUCUUGCUUUUGCCCGACAUGGUUUUCCCGACAGGACGGUCGAUGGCUCACAUAGUAAACUUUCUUGGAGGACUGCAAAGCUAGUCCGUCGUUUGUUCAAUUUGUGCUGAUUUUAACUCUCAAAUAAUGGAGGUUUUUUUACAGGAAUCUCUGGUAUGGAGGGAAAAAAAUGAAUAGACGUAGAAGAGAUUUAUGGCAGUCUCGUGUCUAAAGGGUUAGGAGAGCAAACUACUGACUUAAAAUUAGUUAUGGAGACGUUGUGUGUGUCCACGUCUGCGUAUUUACCUUAUUUAGGAAGCCCCGACAUGGAGGGCAUAGUAGUGGGUGGAACGUUGGAAGAAAUGAGUAAAACGAUAGGAAAAGUUUUUGAGCGUUCCAUUUUUGAGCAGUUACAAUGGAACAGCAAGGAAGACGGUCCGUCUUACCAAGAGAAUAUGAGCAGUAGCAGUCGAACUGAUUUGAGGUUGUCACUUGGUGACGGAAUGAAGAAAAAUAAAGGAAAGACAAAAGUCAAGUGGCAAGACAAGAAAAUCAAGACAGGAAGUAGUAUUGUCCGACAUGGCAGAAAGAAUGUUGAGAAGAGGAUUAGAAGAAUAUGUCGUGAAUGAGAAUUAAAUACGUGAAAUGUACAGAAGAAGAAGACAUCGAAAUGUCAAGACAGAACCAACAGUGGUGAGGAACGUGCUCUAGGGUGGUUAUUGAAUGAUGCAGUGAUGGAUGAUAUACAUGGUAAAGGCAAGAAAAGGAUGAAAAGAUGUCAAGAGGUUUGAGAACACUGGAUAGCAGUGUAUACUACAGUAUUUCCCGCCCAAUUAUCCGGUCGGGGCAACCAAUUAUCCGACUCAGACAACCAAUUAUCCAGUUGGGGCAACCAAUUAUCCGACACAGCCAAUCAAUUAUCCGAUUGGGGCAACCAAUUAUCCGAUGUCGCUCUGGCAAGCUGUACACUUCGCGAAUGAAACUCUCACCUUGCAUCGCUGGUUAGUUGUUCAGUGCUUUGGGUCUCAGUCAGAUUGAUAGCAUCGUGGGAAACGCUAUGACAAUUAAGCUACUACACAUAUGAAUGUGAGGAUCCAGCUGCAGCGCACCGCAACUGAACAGCUCUGCUGUCUUUCUUUUCGCAUCAGUCUCAUUGACAUGAGAGAAAAGACCACUGCACCACCGACACUCUCAGCUUCGCGCCCUCAUCCAAUUCUGAGUGAAACAAAUUCACAAUCGCCUAGCAAUCGACCUGGAGAGUUUAGAGCUACCUAGACUGUAGACGUAACAUGUACUUUAUCAACGUGUGUUUGAGUAGCGUGGUUGUUAAUUCUGCUGAGUUCUACAGUACAUAUUUUCUCUAAUUUUGCUUGCAUGUGCAGCUUUACGGUGAGUACAUGUUAGCUAGAAAGCGCGUUGAGGCCUAGAGCGUCUGCUAAGUCUUCUAGUG